UCAUGUCCUGCUUCCAGAUCCGGGAGAGUCCAGUCAGAGUCCAGGAGAUCCUGACGUACCCGGCUCUCCACAGCAGUGGCGAUGGGUGAGGACAUGAUGGAGGUAUGGAAGCAGGUGUUCCAGGAAUUAAUUCAGGAGCUGAAACCAUGGCACAAAUGGACCUUGACACUAGACAAAGACCUUCUUCCCAACACCCUGCAGCCAGGGUGGUCACAGUACCAGCAGUGGGCCUUCGCCAGGUUCCAGUGCUCCCUGUGCUCUCGUCGUUGGGCCUCUUCCCAAGUUCAGGUCCUUUUCCACAUGCACAAGAGUAAGGGGGAACCCCAGGGCCAGGUGAAGAUGAGGGUCUUUGCCCAGAGAUGUCGGAAGUGCUGUCAGUCUCCAUUUGAGGUUCCCGAGUUCACCACAGAGAACAUCUCAAGGAUCCUGAAUAACUUGGUGUUCCGAAUUCUGAAGAAAUGCUACAGAGAAGGAUUUAAGUCGAUGGAGGAGCUUCCUAUGAUCAAGGAAAUCUCUCUUGAGGGGCCGCAUGACAGUAACAACUGUGAGGCAUGUCUACAGGGCUUUUGUGCUCAGAGUGGGGUGGGUCCAGCUGUGCAGGCACCGGUGUCCCCAGCACUUGCCUCCAUAAGCUCACCUACUUUCGGGACCAUCAUUCCCGUGCCCUCUCUCGCAGGGAGUGGCACCACAGUGGACGCGGUGAACACCCAGGCCAACAAGGGGAAGCCUUUACCCAGACCCUCGUAUGCAGGGCCCACGCAGGCUGCCAGCCUCCCCACCCACUGGAGCCCGAGAGCAAACACCUACCACCACGUGGAGAGGCGAGUUCAGGUCACCCGCUGGAGGGAGGGGCUCUGUUCCCACAUAGCCCCGAAUCCCAGGUGCAGGUAUGGGAAUGUUUGCUGUUUUUGCCUCGUUCUAGUCAUCGUGGUGGUGAUUAUCGUAGAGACUGUUCAGUGGAUCUCAAGGUGAUGCCAAGUUCAAAGUCAUGUAGUAUGAUCCCAAGGAUAGGAAAUUUCCAGAAUAGGUAAAUACAGAGACAGGGAGCAGAUUGGUGACUGCCAGGGGCUGUGGGGAAGGGGAUUAAUCUGUACGGGGGCUUUUUUUGGGUGGGGGGAGGUGGUGAGUGGUGAUGAAAAUGUUUGGCCCAAGAUGGAGGAGGUGGUUGUACAGCACUGUGAAUGCGGUAAAGGCCAUUGAAUUGUUCAUUUUUAAAUGGUUGAUUUCAUGUGAGCUUUAACGGUUAAUUUCAUGUUAAUUUCACCUCCAUUCAAUGUUAUUUAAAAGACACUGAAAUCCCGCUGGUUCUCUGUAGACCGAAACCAUUAUAGCCCACAGAACCAUCUGGAAAUCUCAGGAGACCCGUGGGUCCUCUCACCAGAGAAGCUUGCCCAGACCCUGUGACAUCAGUCUGUGGAGGCACUUGCUGUGGUUUUCAUUAGGCUGAAAACCUGGGUCUCAAAGCAGUGGUCUCCACAGCAGGGUCCACACAGCUCAGGGGGGACCAAGGUAGCACCACCUGUGUGGUCAAGGUAGGACCAUCUACCCAGGUUGGGGCUAGAACCUGCAAACUCCAUUUUUUGUUUCUUUGUCCUUUACUAUUUCUUGUUGUGUGGCUUAUAAUGUAUGUUGAUGUAUGAGUAGAAUGGUAUUGUGACACGAUGUGUAAAUAAACAAAUACACACCCACUUGGAGCGCGUGCUCAGCUUGUCACUGACUUCUUCAUUUUCAGAACUCUGUACCCAUUAGACGACAACUCGCGUUUUCUCCCUCCCUCAAUCCCUGCUAACCACCAUUCUUCUUUCUGUCUCCGUGAAUGUGACUUCCCUGAGGACCUUACAUAGGCAGACUCAGACAGCGUUUGUCUUCUUGUCACUGGUUGAUUUCACUUAGCGUAAUAUCCUCCUGUUUCCUCCACGUUGUAGCAUGGGAAGGAUUUCCUUCCUUUCUGACGCUGAAUUAUAUUCCAUGGUUUGUAUAUCCCGCAUUCUGUUUAUCCAUCUGCAGACAUCCGGGUGGCUCCCACCUCCCAAAAUGCAAAUGUAUCAAUAGCUCUUUGAGACCCUCCUUUCAACUCGUUUGGAUACACACUCAGAAGUGGAAAUGGUAGAACAUACAGUAAUUCUAUUUUUAAGUUUUUGAGGAAUUGCCCUGCUAUUUUCCAUAGCGAUUCUACCGUUUUACACUCUCACCAACAGGGACAAGGGUUCCAACUUCACAUCCUCACCAACACUUUACUUUCUGGGUUGUUGUUUUCUUUAUAAUAGCUAUACCAACGGGUGUGCUAAAUUUCUAGAAAAUACAAUUUCUUUUACCAUGGAAGUUUUCUUUUUUUAAGCAAAGAUCUUUUUUAUUGUUUUUUUUUUAAUGUUUAUUUUUUAUUUUUGAGAGAGAGAGCAUGUGUAAACAGGGGAAGGGCAGAGAGGGAGGGAGACACAGAGUCCGAAGCAGGCUCCAGGCUCCGAGCUGUCAGCACAGAGCCUGUCACGGGGCUCAAACUCACAAACCGUGAGAUCGUGACCUGAGCCGAAGUUGGACGCUUAACCGACUGAGCCACCCAGGCGCCCCAGCAAGCUUACUCUUUCAAGGCAAUAUCAGAAAUAAUAUUUGUACAUCUCAGCACAGACAGAAGUAUUGGGAACACAAAAGAAAUGUGUAGGCAAAUUCUUCUGGGGCUUGCUAUUUGUUUUCAAAUAUUUGAGCCCAGUCUGUAUACCUAUUCAGCAAACUCCGGAAACUUAAAAUGUGAUAGUGGACAAGACAGUUACAAACACAUGUCUAAGGAACAAGCAUACCUAGUAGCCCCGUAAACAGCUGGCAGCUGAGUGACCAGUGAGGUAGGAAGGACAUGGUGGGUCGUUAAUACAAAAAGGGGUUCUGGGGCACCUGGGUAGCUCAGUUGGUUAAACAUCCAACUCUCGGUUUCGGCUCAGGUCAUGAUCUCAUGGUUUUGUGAGUUCGAGCUCUGCAUCAGGCUCUGUGCUGACAG